GAGUAGCAGCAGCGAGUUGGCAGGGGGCUGUUGUUAACAGCCGGAGCGCGCUCUCUCUUGCCUGGCGCUAGCGAGUUGGCGGGCAGCCAGCUCACUAAGCGGGAGUUCAGUAUGCUACCCACCCCCGUACAUUCCGGUACGCGUCGAUACAUAGAAUCGUUUUAUAUUCACACCCACAUACAUACACACAUACAAUCAAACAACCGCGCCGUUUCGAGUGCCCAAUAAACCAAUUUGUUAACGAUCAUACUGUGCCUAUUCAUUGCGGGACACUUUGGAUCUGCUGAGGGCUUAUCUGCAGCACUAGGAAGCGCCCUACUACAAACAUUGGUCCUUCGAGCCGGAUUCUUGCUGAAUCGAGAUUGUCCCAGCAAGCAUCGGUGGAUUCCAGAGAGAACUGCAGAUAAUUUCCGUAUUUAGAGAUGGCUCCACGGUCUCGUAACACCCGCACUUCGGAGAGUAGACGUUCUCGAGGUAGUAACUCCUACCGUUGCCGAGUCUGCUCCGGAAGCCAUCCGCUCCGUGCCUGCCGACGCUUUCUUCGCCUGGACGCCGAGAAGAGACUCCGAGCCGUCUUGAUUAACAAGUACUGCGCUAAUUGCCUGGCUCAUCGGCACUCCGGCAGAGACUGCCGCAGUACCAAGGGCUGCAAAGUGUGCGGUGGGAACCACCAUACGCUACUCCACAACCGUGCGUCCCAGCGUUCAGGCCGCGCUUCCGGACCAGCCCCUCCGGCGGCUCCAGCCUCUAGCGUUGAACGACGCCGUCGUCUCCCCGAAAACCGCCCCGUCGUGGAAGAUCCGGCACCAUCCGUGGCUACGCUCCUCCAGAACCGGAGCAUCAACGUUCUCCCGACGGCCCUGGUGGUCUUAGAUACGGGUUCCAGAACUUUUGAGACAGUGGCUCUUAUAGACCCCUGUACCCCAGUGAGCAGCAUCGACGAGUCAUUGGCCAUCGCCUUCAAACUGCCCUCCACGCGGGUUGGCACCGAGAAGGUGUGCACUGCGACUGUCCGCGCCAAGAAUGGAAACUUCCAAGUGGACGCAGUGCUGAAGGUCGAGCCCCGCCUGCGCGUCCGCACGCCACUACGCCCCGUGACCGAGGCGGUGCGAACCCGUUUCGACGACAUUCGCCUCGCCAACGAGCGCUUCCAUCGCCCAUCCACUGUCUCCCUCGUGCUCGGCGCCGACGUUUACCAGAAGGUGAUCCAACCCGGGUUCCUCGCCCUAGGAGAAGGUCUUCCCGUGGCCCAAAGCACCGUAUUCGGAUGGAUUGUUUCUGGGGCGUGCACUCAGCCAUAGAGGUUCUCCAUUGCAGUCCUGCAAGGGGGGGGAGGAUGUUGAGAGUAGCAGCAGCGAGUUGGCAGGGGGCUGUUGUUAACAGCCGGAGCGCGCUCUCUCUUGCCUGGCGCUAGCGAGUUGGCGGGCAGCCAGCUCACUAAGCGGGAGUUCAGUAUGCUACCCACCCCCGUACAUUCCGGUACGCGUCGAUACAUAGAAUCGUUUUAUAUUCACACCCACAUACAUACACACAUACAAUCAAACAACCGCGCCGUUUCGAGUGCCC